UAUAGUUACAAUUAAUAUACAAAGUAAAAGACAUAAAUAAUUGAAAAUGCUUGAUUAAAUGUGAGUUUCACUCAGUAUGUUAUAGAGUAUAGACCCAUCCACCUCUUACUUGUGAUAUAAAAGUUGCGAAGCUCUUGUUUAUUUCUACUUAUACUCUUGUUAAUAAUAUUGUAGUUUGAACAAGUUCAGCGAACGGUUUUGCUGUAACGUUAUGAGAAGCAAAUUAUUGCAAGGAUGUCAACGUCUAGCGAAAAUUCCAAUCACAACUCUAAACACAAUCUAAAUAAGACUUCGUUGUACUUUUACAAAGUAAAUACAUUUUGGCUUAUUGGUGCAUUGCCUGAUUUACUUAAAUGGCAAGAGAGUGGUUACACAAAGACAAUUCACAAAUAUAUACAGAAAGUUCUAACAGUUUGUAUUUUUAUAUUCGUCGCUAUGGAAGUGGGGUCUUUUUUCACACAAAAGAACUUAUCAGCCAAGCAAGCAAGUGACAUGACCAUUCUUGCUUUUAGUCAUUCCAUCCUCACAAGCUAUAGUUUUGUUAUUGAAUAUUACAAAGAAGAGGUAAACAUUCUGCUUUAUAAAUUAUGCAUCAAAAUGAAGAAUGUCUACAACGACCCUGAAGUUGAACGGCAAAUGAUCAAGAAAACUACAAUGUAUUCAGUGGCAUUUCUCUUAAAUCUCAUGAGCGCGUUGGUUUCUUACGGCUUGGAGGGAGUGAUGCAAGUUUUACGUGGUGGUACUUUUGUAACAGUAGUGACUGCGUGGCCCGACGUUACUGACAAAAGCAUUGCAGCAGGUAUUGGUAGAUUCUUUGGCUAUUUCAUGUGGUGGGUAUGCAUGACCCGUGUCUCAGCAGUCUUCAUACUCAUAAUAAUAACUACAGGGUGUCUGGCCUACCAAUUUAACAAUCUACAAAGUUAUUUCUACAGUCUCAAUGAUAUAUUCGACGAGCAGAGCAUAAGAGAAACGGGUCAAGAGAAUGCUGAACAAAAAUACGAAGAGGCUCUCAAAGUUGGAAUCCAAUUACAUAGUGAAACAUUGUGGUGCACCAGACAAUGUCAACUGGUCUGCGGUUUCGUAUACAGCGCACAAAUAAUUAUAAACGUGUUUGUCUUCUCAUUACAAAUGUUACAAAUGAUGAGUACCGAGCGUACGUUAGCAAUGGCUUUUACGAUAGUUUUGACUUCAGCUUCACUACUUUACAGCACUGGCAUAUUAAUGUGGAACGGUGGAGAUGUCACAGUAGCGGCAGGCCUUCUUCCCACUGCUAUUUAUAGUUCAGGCUGGCAGAAUUGUCGCGGCAAGAGCUCUCAAAGAGUCCGAAAGUUAUUGGUCAUAGCUAUGGAUCAAGCUCAGAGGCCUGUCGUAUUACGAAGUUUCGGAAUUAUGGAGAUCUCUUACCAGGCGUAUGUUUCGAUGGUGAAAGCAUCUUAUUCAGCAUUUUCACUUAUGUAUUAACUAAUUAAAUCAAAUAGAAGGCGAACUAGAAACUGUGACUUUGCGACUCCUGUACUUCACUUCAAGAAAAUUUAAAACUCGUUAGUGGAAAUGCCUAGUUAGGGUUAGGAAAGGUAAUAACGUUGUGGGUAACAGCAGUGUUUGGGCCGGUGUACGGAGGGUUCACGGCCCAUUCAUAUAAAACGACGAACUUUUGUACAAAAACAGUACGAACUAAUGCCGCUCUAUUCCAUUUCUUGAUCUGAUUAACACGGGAAUAGCUUCUCCUCGAACGUGAUUGGUUGACGCUCGAGUCAAAUCAUAUGGCGGCGGGCGGGCGGGUGUUCUGUGACGUAAUAUCGAAACGAAUAGAAACGAAUGUACUUUGCCUGCAAUCAAGAUGAGUCGGUAGGAACUCACACGAGAUCUGUAGCACAUGACAUUGUUAAAUCGAGACAGCGUUAUACCGCUGGCAUAAAUCUGUCUCGUUAUAACUAUACCUUAUGUCUAAGCAAAGUCUAACACCCGUAUUCACAAACGUUACUAUGAGGUCUCAUAGUGCACUCGAGCCUCGAACGCACAGUGUCCGUUCCACCAAUCAGAUGACUGUAUCAUGUCAAUUUACAGUGAUCUGAUUGGUAGAACCUACACUAUGCGUUCGAGCUUAUUGUGAGACCUCAAAGUAACGUUUGUGAAUACGGCCGUAAGUGCGCUCUAUAGAUUUCAACCUGAAACGAAACAACUAUACCAACCUUCUAAAAAUAUUUCUGUUCACUGUAAUACUAGGCUUGUAGUUAGUUAGGUAUAUGAAUAUUAAUAAAUAGCAGUAAUUAGCACAGAAUACAUAACUAUUUUACCUACUUAUUAGAGAUGUUUAACAAUUAACAAGUAGAUCGCAAUCACCGUAUUUAAUAUUCAGAUUUAAAUGUGAUUGGAAUUAUAUAAAGGGGUACCUACCUAAGUAAUAUUGUAUGAAUGUUAGUUGAAUAAUUAAUGUGAAAAUAUCUACCUGCCUAGUACCUAGUUAUUUACGUUCAAUAUAAGCUACACAGUUUUUCUUGAUAGUUUUGCACUUUCUAAAUAGGUAGGUAUCUAGCACUUUUAUUUUUUAGUGUAUAGGU